UUCCGCCAGAACCUCCUUCGCGGCCGGGAUGUCAGCGGACGACGACGCCUACAUGGCCCUGCCUGCCGACCAUGAGUCGUUCCGGCGCGAUGGCGUCUACACCUUCCGACUGACCUAUGGCGGCGGCACGAUGCUGGCGGCCGGCAACCCCGACUGGCUCACGUCGACCUGGACGCAGACCAACUGGGUCACGGAGGGCUCGCCGGGCACGCUGACCUGCCUCGACGCAGGAUGCACAAAGUGGAAUGCCGCGGGCGGUUGCUCCAAAUUCAAGGGGCUCGCAAAGAGCGACAGCGGCUGCGCAGUGCUCGACGGCAAUGGCCUGCAAGGCUGCUGGUACAACCAGGUGGGGGGCAUUUGUAAGUGGAACGGAGGGAUGCCGGUCGCGCACGGAUGGGUCGCCGACAUCAUGACGCUGGAUCUCCUUUGGGGAUCGUUGCCGCCGCCUUCGCCGCCGACUAUCGGCAGGCGCGCACAGGAGGCAGGGCCGCGUUCUUGGAGCGACGAGCACAGGCUGCGCGUGGAGGUGACGACGACGACCAUGGCCGUCUACCUCGACGGCAUCAGCAAGGGCUACGUCGACUUGUACCCGGCGGGCAAUGCCAAUCGCAACCCACCAAGGUUUGACGAGGAGCACGACCUCUGCAUUGGCGACCCCUGGAACCCCGCCGCCUCCGCCGAAGUCCGCGGCAUCACCAUCCAGCGGCCGCCGCCGCCGCCCUCGCCGCCGCCGUACCCGCCCUCGCAGCCCUCGCCGCCGUCUCCGCCGCCACCCUCCCUCUCGCCGUCGCUUCCGCCGCCGCAGCUCCAGAUCGGCCCGCCCACGCCACCGUCCCUGCCGCCGCCACCUCCGUCUUCGCCUCCGCCUCCGCCGGCGCCGCCGCCGUCGCCGCCAUCGCCUCCGCCGGUGAGCGAUGCCGCCAGCUGCGCCGCCCACGAAUGCUGCCUCGUCCUGCUCGCUGGCGCUCGCGGCAGCAACUGCGCGCCGGUGCCGGUGUGGGGGAUGGAGGGCGAUGUCCGCGAUUUUUACGAUCGGCGAUCGAUGUGCGGGAGCGUCAUUGCCUACUGGGCCGAGGAGGCCAGGCUGCUCUGGGUGCCGGACAGCGACCCCGAGGAUGCAAGUGCGACUCACCAACAACUGCUCCUCUCCAACAACGGCGGGGUUGGGCGCCGCGCCGGCACGUACAUCGACGUCGAGUGCAACCCUCGGCCCCCCGCGCCACCCUCGGCGCCGCCAGUGCCGCCGCCACCGCCCUCGCCGCCGCCGCCCUCCCCGCCGCCUCCGACUGUCGACUCCCCGCCCCCGCCGCCGCCGCCAGCCACGCCAACGACCGAGCCCACUCACUGGGACAUCGACUGGGGCUUCUCGUGCGCCUCGCCAAAUUGCCCGGCCGCGUCGCGCUACGACGUCCGUACCUGCGACACAGUCACGUGGACGAUUGAGGACGGGAUGCACGACGUCGUCUCGGGCCCACGCGGUGCGGCGGAUGGCCAUUUCAACAGCGGCCUGCUUAGCACCGGCGAGACAUUCACCGUCAAGUUUGAUGAGGCUGGCUCUUACCAAUACCACUGCACACCGCACGGAACCAUGAACGCCGUCAUCGUCGUUCAAGGCGAACCUUGCCCCAACUCUCCCCCCACCCCCCCGUUGCUGGCAUCCUCGCCGCCGCCGCCGCCGCCGCAGCAGCCCCCCGCCUCACCGACGGUGACGCUUCCACCGGCGCAGUGCACCGUCGUCGGAGCCGGGCCGGGCGGCGUCCUAGCGGCGGACGUGAUGGCGGGCGCCGACGGGUGCGGGGGUUCACUACGGCUCUUUGAGCGAGGGGAUCUGCCACUCGAGGGGACGUACGACACGCUGCCGUUCUUCGAGACCUUCAACAAGCAAGAGGUGUACAUUGUGGGUACGUACAAUGGCGCCGAGCUGCCGUUUGCCGGUGUGUUUGGCGGGCAGCAGACAACAAACGGCGGGGUGUUCGCUCCGGGCACCGCGGCGGAACUGGCGGCAGGGCUCGCGAUCGGCACUGCGGCAGCCCAGGCGGCGCAAGCCUGCGCGGCUGCCUCGGUCAACGCCACUUACUGGAAGCCGCUGCUCGGAGCCGUGCCCCCGCCCGUGCAACACAUCGAGGGCCAGACCCUGCUCGAUCACAAUGGCAUGCUCGCGACCUGUGUCAACGAGACGGGCUGCGCCUGGGGCGACAUGCUCAUGCCUCCGGGCUUCCACACCCCAGGGAGUGCCGACUCCAUCCGCCGCCGCACCGUCGCGCACGGUGUGCACGGCAGUGGCGCGCCCGACUAUGCCACCUUGGGCGCGGAGGUGCGCUCGAUCGACUUUGAGGAGGAUCCGAACAGCGGCGAGCUGAUGGCGGCGGCAGUCCGUCUCUCGGACGGCACAGUCUCCCCGGUGGCUAACGGCGGCAAGGUUCUCCUCGCCGCCAGCUCGAUUGGCUCGGCCAGCAUCUUGGCGCGCAGCCGACCGGACCUCUACUCCUCAUUCACCUUCAACAAUCACUACUACACUGCAAGCUUCCUACUCCCCUCGUCCGUGUGCGUCCCGGCCGGCGACGGUGAGGUCUGCGGCGAAGGGCCGCCGGCGAGCACCCACUCGCACAACUGGAACUACGGCUUCGUCACGCCCGGCAACGGCGACUGCGCGGGCCAAUCGUUCGAGGUGGACCUCCGCGGGAACUACCCGGUGCCAGACGCGCCCUACCAGGUCAUCCUGCUGCAGAUGGAGCCCGAGAUGCGCUCGCACGGCGGCUGGAACGCCUCGACGGGCUUGAUUGACCUCGUUGACGAGCCGCCCACCGAAUGCGACCUGCUCGCGCGCCGGCAGGCGAUCAACAUCACCUCAGCGUCGUGGGGCGCAUUCACGCCCGGCUUCUCCCUCGACUCCUCCCACGCCGCCGUCGCCGCCUGGCCGCAAGGGUGGCACUGGGCCGGCGGAAUACCUCUCGUCGAUGGCUCGUCGCGUGUCGCCGGCACGACGAACGUCUUCUCGGCCGACGCCGGUGCUGUGCGCAAGCCCUUCAACUGCCACACAUCGAUGGUCUCCGCCGCCGCCGGCGUCAUCGCCGGCAUGGAGGCGCUCGGCCUCCCCACCGCCGACUGCAUGGACCACAUCACGGCCAGUUUCCCUCCGCCGCCGCCGCCGCCAGUGUCCUCGGAGCAAAUGGUUGCGUGCAUCAUGUCGUGCGACGAUGCCACCCUCUCGGCCUACCGCUCCUGCAACAUGGCGUGCCACGGAAUGUACUCCCCGAGCCCACCGCCUCCGCCGCCGCCUCCGUCCGCCUCGCCGUCGCCGCCGCCGCCGUCCGCCUCGCCGUCGCCGCCGCCGCCGUCCGCCUCACCGUCGCCGCCGCCGCCGUCCGCCUCACCGUCGCCUCCGCCUCCGUCCGCCUCGCCGUCGCCGCCGCCUCCGUCCGCCUCGCCGUCGCCGCCGCCUCCGUCCGCCUCACCGUCGCCGCCGCCGCCGUCCGCCUCACCGUCGCCGCCGCCUCCGUCCGCCUCACCGUCGCCGCCGCCGCCGUCCGCCUCACCGUCGCCGCCGCCUCCCUCCGCCUCGCCGUCGCCGCCGCCUCUGUCCGCCUCACCGUCGCCGCCGCCUCCGUCCGCCUCGCCGCCGCCGCCGCCUCCGUCCGACUCACCGUCGCCGCCGCCUCCGUCCGCCUCACCGUCGCCGCCGCCGCCGUCCGCCUCGCCCUCGCCGCCGCCUCCGUCCGACUCGCCGUCGCCGCCG